CGACACGAGGAACAUGAGGCCGUAGCCCAAUUCAGGAUGAAGAGGCGGACUUCCUGACCGCACUAUCCCCUCGGUAUCCUCCCCGCGGAGGGUUACACCUCGGAGGAUGACGCAAUUGUUUUUCUUCUCCAUCACCUCGGUCCCAUCCUUAGCGGGUUAGAACGCGCAUGUAAACGGCCCAGUGACCGAUAGUUGUAAUAAGGCCUUCAUUUGGGGUAGUUGUAGAGUUGUAGGGGCGGCCUUCAUUGUGUCAAAUUGCCCCCCUGUCUCCAAGCUCGGGCAAAUUGCUUCAUGAGCUGCAAGCGGUGAAAUUAAUGUUUGCUGAACGACGAUGAUGUCCGACAUGUAAAUAAAAGUAAUAACCAUUCCUGGAGAUAGCAUGCAAAGGAAUCUUCAAAUGGUCGUACACAUGUGCAAUGAUGUAGAAAUGCCACAUCAGGAUAGAGAUGGAGGGAUGUCUCAUUCCCCUAAAAGGGUCAUAGUUGCAUCUGAAGGAAAUACAGGUCUCGAGCCACAUGAUGGUAUUGAAUUUGAGUCCCAUGAAGAUGCAUAUUCUUUUUAUCAAGAAUAUGCCAAAUCAAUGGGAUUCACAACCUCAAUAAAAAACAGCCGGCGUUCAAAGAAAUCUAAAGAGUUUAUAGACGCAAAAUUUGCUUGUUCUAGAUAUGGAGUGACACCAGAGGCUGAAGGUUGCAGUAGUAGACGCCCUACCGUGAAAAAGACAGACUGCAAAGCAAGCAUGCAUGUAAAAAGAAAGGGAGAUGGGAAUUGGUACAUCCAUGAAUUCAUAAAGGAGCAUAAUCAUGAACUCCUUCCAGCCCUAGCAUACCACUUUAGAAUUCAUAGGAAUGUAAAACUAGCUGAAAGAAAUAAUAUUGAUAUUCUUCAUGCUGUCAGUGAACGAACAAGAAAGGUGUAUGUUGAGAUGUCAAGGCAAACUGGUGGAAAUAGAGAUGUUGAAUUCACGGGGGAUAGUUUGAAUUAUCAGUUUAGUAGAGGGCAGUGUUUAGGGUUAGAAGAGGGUGAUGCACAACUCAUUCUUGAGUAUUUCAUCCGUAUACAGAAAGAGAACCCAUAUUUCUUUUAUGCUGUUGAUCUCAAUGACGAUCAGUGUUUAAAGAACCUUUUCUGGGUUGAUGCCAAAAGCAGAAAAGAUUUUGUUAGUUUUAGUGAUGCUGUUUUCCUUGAUACCAAUUAUAUGAAGAGCAAUGAAAAGAUGCCAAUUGUACUUUUUGUUGGAGUGAAUCAUCAUUUUCAGCCGAUGAUACUUGGAUGUGCACUAGUAGCAGAUGAGAGCAAACAAACAUUUGUGUGGUUAAUGAAAACAUGGCUUCGAGCUAUGGGUGGACGACAUCCUAAAGUAAUUAUAACUGACCAGGACAGAGCUCUUAAAUCUGCUGCUGAGGAAAUUUUCCCUUCUUCAUGUCAUUCCUUUGCUCUUUGGCAUGUAACCGAAAGGAUUCCUGAAAUUCUUUCUCAUGUCAUAAAGCAGCGUGAUAAUUUCAUGGGAAAAUUCACCAAGUGCAUAUUCAAGUCGUUGACGGAUGAACAGUUUGAUAUGAGAUGGUGGAAGAUGGUUACCAGAUUUGAGUUACAAGAGAAUGAAUGGAUUCGUUUGUUGUAUGAAGACCGAAAAAAUUGGGUUCCAAUUUUCAUGAGGGGUGCCUUUUUAGCUGGAAUGUCUACAAGUCAACGAUCUGAAAGUCCAGUCUCAUUCUUCGACAAGUACAUCCACAAGAAGAUCAGUCUUAAAGAGCUUGUGAAGCAGUAUGGACUCAUUCUGCAGAAUAGGCAUGAAGAAGAAGCCAUAGCAGACUUUGAUACAUUGCACAAACAACCUGCAUUGAAAUCUCCUUCACCAUGGGAGAAGCAAAUGUCUACAAUUUAUACUCACACAAUAUUCAAAAAAUUUCAGGUCGAGGUUCUGGGGGUAGUCGGAUGCCACCCAAAGAGAGAAGGAGGCGUAAAUGGUGCAAACAUAACAUUCAGGGUUGAUGACUGUGAAAAGGAUGACAACUUUAUUGUGACAUGGAAUGAGGCAAAAUUGGAUGUUUCCUGUUCGUGCCUACUAUUCGAAUACAAAGGGUUCCUUUGCAGACAUGCAAUGAUUGUUCUUCAAAUGUGUGGCCUUUCAAGCAUCCCAUCACAUUAUAUUCUGAAGAGGUGGACUAGAGAUGCCAAGAUCACGCACAUGGUGGAGGGCACUGAAAGGGUUCAAACAAGGGUGCAAAGGUACAAUGACCUGUGUAAAUGGGCCAUUGAAUUGGGGGAAGAAGGUUCUUUAUCUGAGGAGAGUUACAAUAUUGCAUUUCGGGUACUGGAUGAAGCUCUAAGGAACUGUGUGACUGUUAAUAACAGAGCUGGUACAGAAUGUAGCAGUACUAUAGCUGUCAUUCGUGACGUAGAAGAAGAGAACAAAGGAUCUCAUGCCAUGAAAACAAGUAAGAAGAAGAGUGCGACAAAGAAAAGAAAGGUACAAUCUGAGACUGAACUGGCAAUUGUUGACACUCAAAACAGCUUGAACCAACUGGAUAAUCUUAGCGCAGAUAGUAUGACCCUGAGUGGAUAUUAUGGAACACCACAGAAUGUGCAAGGACUGAUGCAGCUUAAUUUGAUGGAGCCACCUAAUGAUUCUUAUUAUGUCAACCGACAGAGUAUCCAGGGACUGGGGCAACUCACUCCAAUUACACCUAGUCAUGAUGGUUUUUUUGGGUCUCAACAAAGUGUGCCUGUACUGGGGCAUCUGGAUUACAGACCAAGCUUUGGUUUCAGCUUACAGGAUGAGCCUAACAUGAGAUCUGCUCAGUUGCAUGGCGACAGUGCAAGCCAUGAAUGAAAAAUGCGCAUAAUCUACUGCUCUCCAAGAUGUUGGCUCCUUACAAAUUACAGCAUUCUGAUAGUUUUGGCAUUCCAAUUCUCUCAUGAGUUGCUGCAGUGGAUUUAAGCUUUUGAAGUUCAGAAGUACAAUUUCAGGGAUAUAGAGUUUCAGGAACAUGAACAUACCUAAUUAGAUGUUGAAUACGGAGUAUGUUCUUAUUAGCAGAGGCAAAGAUAGAUGCCAAGGUGUUUUUAGUAAUCUAGCGAAGACCUGGAGUAUGGAUUUCCUUGGGGUACAUUAGUCAUUUGCCGCAUCUUAUUUUCAGUUGCAGUUGCUGGAUCUAUGAAGGAAGUUUCACCUUUCACCAUUUCUCAGAUUCAAAUCUGUACAACUCCUUUACACCGAGUGAUGAGAGUAGUUCGCACGGGGGCAAUAGUUGGUGGCAAGCAUAGAGGAAAUGUCAUGAUGACGGGGGCAAUAGUUGGUGGCAAGCAUAGAGGAAAUGUCAUGAUGAUGUGCUUGACUAGACUACGUUUUUUGCUUAUAUUGGCUAGUGUUAGAUUGGUUAUCACGAGUUACACCCCUACUGAAAUUAUUUUGUACACGCUUCACACGUUUUGUUUGUAUCACAUACAUUUAGUAUAAAAUCAAAGACAAUUUCUGCAAUUUUUAGAUGAGUUACGGACGAAUUCCUCCUCCCAAUACUGACAAAAUGUACUGGGGCGUGUAUAUAAAAACGUGUGCACAUUACAUGCUCCUUAUUUUAUUAGUACCUCUCAAAAUCACGAAUUCACGAAUCACGAUGCUCAUUAUU